AUGAGUCAACGCAGCGGCGUCUCGGACGACAUAGCGGGCAAAUGCAGCCCUAGAGAGCGUAGCAAUAGUGUCAGUAGUAGCACAGGAAGCUGUGGAGAUGAUACAGCCGCCCCGCAGUUCGUACCGAUCCACUCACGGGUCGGUAAGAGAUACCAGGCCACUAUCCCUGAGCUACUGGUGUCCCCAGUGGACGCUACAGAGCUACUAUAUAAUACACAGUCUCUACAGCUACCACGGCUAAGAUAUUGCUGUGAUCGAGCUCAAGAACUGGGAGUCGAGUUGGACAAAUAUCUAAAACUGGCACGAUCACUGAGAGAUGGAGCAACAUUUGAUACACAAGAGCAAGUGACAACAUUGGCUUUGCAGUUGCUGCAUCGCUUUGAUUAUAACACAACAGACGCUGCGUGCUCGUUGUAUGCAAGACACAGUAUUGAGCUGCCUAGAUCAACUGCAGGAGGUAAUUCGACCAAAUCUACAGUAGCGGGAGAAGUCAAAAAGUGGCUCUUGGCAUUCUAUCGCUGCAUGAGACAAACAACAAUUGAUGACAAAGUGCUUGAGCACAUGUGUGAAUUGCACGAGAAAGCAAAAGCCAGUGCUGAUAUUGUAUUAACUAUAGAAGCAGAGGUCCUAGCACGACUUGUGACGCGUAUUCUAAACUGGAACGAAACGUGUAAAGUGGUGAGGAAAAGGAAAGUAGAUCGUGCGCGGCUGUUGCAGUUACUGCACCAAGCGGAAGACAUGCAGAUAGUAUUGCCCGAAAAAGAAGCUAUCGUGUCUAGGUUACAAGCGUUUGAUACCGCACUCUCGCAGCUAAAAGAGGCGCUGCAACAUACUAGUAGUAGCAAAAGACAUCAGAGCAAAAAAGUGGAGCUGAAAAAGCUGAAUAAACUUUUUGAAGCCGUGAUGGCGCCACAGCUUGUUUUUCCGGAAGAAGACAGCUUUCGGGAAACGGUAGACGAGGCCAAGGAGCUUAAGUCUACAAUUGGCAAUAUGCUAGCGGAAGGCAAAGUCGGCCUGCCCAUUGUGCGUGACGUGUUGGCGAAGAUUGAGCUGAUACCCGUAAACUUUGAGCAGGAAGUGGAGCAAUUUCAAACGAAAAUGCUUAGCGCACAGACGUGGCUAGCCAAGGCGCGCAAAUGCAUGCCUAAUCGUCGAGCAACCCGUCGUGCAGGCGGUGCAGACACAAAGAAAAUGGAUUUGGAAGCGAUUCGUGCGCUUGUAGAUGAUGCGCCGUGUGAACAUAGUACCGAAAAGUUUGAAAUGCAAGAUUUACUUGAGUGUGCGGAUGAGUGGGCCGCUAAAGUGAAGGAUGCACUAAAUGGUGGCGCUGAUGUCACUCUCGAUCAGCUGAAUGAGAUCUUGGACGAGGCUAAAGACAUUCCUGUAGUUAUGGACGAACAAAAGUAUUUAGAAGCUGAAAUUGCUGCUCGGAUAUGGUGUACAACCGCCGCGUUGAAGCUGUCUUCUCGCGAGUCUAUAGAGGAAAUGGAGGAUCUGAUUACGCAAGCGAAUACCAUACGAGAACGCAUUUAUCCCAAGAAACAGUCUCGUUGGAAACCACAGAUAGAACGCGAUAUCCACGCUGCAAUGCUUCAAGCGCGCAAAUGGAUCAAUGAGCUCCGAGAUAAUCUCGGUAUUACGGCUUUUGACAAGUUAUUUGCUUCGUUGUCAUCAUACACACCAUCUCCACUGUCAUCGAGAUCAUCAGUGCAUUCGUCGGCGAUAUAUGUUGAUAGAGCAAAAAGGAAGCCUAUGGAUGCAAUUAGCAAGCUAAUUGAAAAGUCACAGGCCCUUGCGGUUGACGUGUCCUCAUACACUACACCACUGAAUGACUUGCUCCUGAAGGGUGUUGAAGCGCAGGCCGAGGCAAGCGCUAUUUUGAUGAGCAUUGGGUGCUUAUCUCGAACCAACACUUCUGACACAGCUGACGACACGAACGACAUGGAAAUUGACUCGAUGCCUCGCGAGCUAGGGGAUCUAGCGCAGGCAUCAUCUCUACUUGAACGAGUUGACGCCUUCCCAUUUACUUUUGAGGAGGGAUUAAGUCUCGCCAGCAUCGUCGAAGGCGAGAAGAGUUGGGCGGCACGCGUUCGUGAAUGUAUUCCUCCGCGGCAAUCGAGAAAAAUGCGUCUAGCCAAUGAUUCGUUUUCAACAGAACAACUGCACGAGCUGUUGCAUGAAUCCAAGAGGCUGCGUUUUCUAUUUCGUGACGAGAUACGUAUACUGUCCAAGGAACUCAGUGAUUUGACUUUGUGGCGAGCGAAGGCACACGAAGUUAUCAAUGGCGAAGUAAGUGCAUCUAUCGGAAAGAUUGUUGAUCGUCUUCGAUCGUUUGAUCUACUUGUGUAUGGAAAGCUGCAAAAGGCGAAAAAGAAGCUUCGUAUUGGCGGUACGGCUGCUACUGAUGCAGACCAAGCGAAUUUCGAGAGUACCGAGGUUGCACCAUUAGCGCAGCAUAGUGACACACUGGAAGCUAAUACAAAGGAAGACGAGACCAACGAUUGCGCGAUGGAUAUUGAUGCAGAAGGCCUAGGCGACAGUCAGGCGUUAGUGCAGGACAUUAAACAGGAGCAUCGAAAGUCAGAGGCUGCUAAUGGCGAAAAGAGUAGCGUUGAAAGUGGUGAUAAAGCAGCAAAGGUGGCUGGCACAAAGGCUAUCAUCGCUGAUACGAAUAUGCAUGUGCUAGAGAUACAUGCCGAGUCAAUUAUGACGCAUGUUAGAAUUGAAAGUGGUUGCAUGCAAAAGUCAGCUACCACGGAUGAAGAUGACGACACCCACUCUGCUGAUGAUUCAAAGACUUCAUGGAUAUUGAAAAAUGGGUGGGACCUUUUAGAACCAGUCUUGACAAUGGCUGAGGAAAGUUUUGAAGCAGUCAAUACUUUGGAGCUGAAAGAAGCUGAAGCACGGCAAACAGUCGAGAAGCUGGUACUGGCUGGAGAGAAAGGCGAUAUUACAGAGAACAUUACGGAUGAAUGUGUUCGAGCAUUGGAUGGAUGGAAGCAACAACUUUUGCAUACACAAAUGGAAAGCGAUCUCCUUAGCGUAGAAGCUCCGGAGCAGCAGGCGCUUCGCCUAAUCAUAUCGUUGCUGGAGUGGUUGCAAGGGUCUCGGUCACUUUUUUACGAUGAAAUACUUCCUCUGCAAGAUCUUGCGAUUAAGGGCACCAAGAUUGCUGAGAACCUCAAGGAGUUUGAGGCACAUGGUAUUAUGAGUUCAGUAACACUGGAGACUCUGCAGCAAAUGCUUUGGCCACUACCAUACUUGAAAGCGCAUGAAACGGUGGUGCUCGAGUGGACCGAGCGUGUGCAUAAAUGUGUGGCGAACAAGCAUGCGCAGGUUUGCGAACUACAGACAUUGCUUGAUAACGGAAGCGGACUUCUGCUAGAGCAGGGCGCCUUCAAGAUCGUGAUGGAUGAAGCUAUGAAAGCCAGGAUCUGGUUAUCCAAGCUCAAGAAACGUUUGCGGGCUUUGAUGACAAAGGGAGUCGGACGAAUGAGCAUGACUGCGGCGCGUUCCCUUGUAGAGGAAGGCGAAGAUAUUGCGAUUGACAUGCCUGUGUUCGAUUUCCUCAAAGAGCAUCUGGAGAUUGCGAGAGAUUGGGAGAACCGUGUGCUGGAGUCUGGAAUUGAAACUGGCCAGGCUCGGGUUGCAAAUUUGCUUGCCUUGCUGAAUGAGUACGAGUGCGCUCGACUUGUAAUUGACCUUGACAUGCAUCGAGAUGUUCUUAAAACCGCCACAGAGCGCUACUGCAUAUGUCGCCAGCCCUUUGAUGGAUUGAUGAUCGGGUGCGACCAUUGCGAUGACUGGUUUCAUGACAGCUGCAUUGGUAUGUCCAAGGAGAAAGCCGAGAAGGUAGAGCACUAUACUUGUCCUUCGUGCACGAUUUUGCAGGAGCUUGCAGCAAUGCUGCAGGAAGCAAAGUCAGUGGGACAGCGAAGCAAGUUGUGGGACAUGCAUGAGUAUGCCAAGGCUUUCGAAAAAGACCAUGCUAGUGCAUUACGAAAAGUUAAGCGUGAGGAGAAGACCGUCGAGCGUACUGAGAUGCUGUUAUUUAGCUGCAACAACCAGAUGAAUCAGCUUUGGGCACGGCUUGACGACAUUGAGCGCGCAAAGGCCCGCUUGGCAAUCAAUCCUGUCACAGGAAAUGGUACUUUCGGAGCUCAAACUUCAUCAAAUCAAACACCGCAGCUCAAGCUCCCUGCUACGGCGCAAUCGUCAGCAGCUCCCGUAUCAAACGCAACUCAUGUUAUUAUGAGUGCGUCUGCUUCAAAAACGACUACCAGUGUGUCGGCUUCACCAGUCGUAGUUAAUGCAAAUGCACUUUUACUGACAGCGGCAGCGGCUUCUACCGCAUCUACUACUUCUGCUAGCAGCAAUCGUACUGCUACGACAGGUGCUGUAGCGGCGUCAAGUCUUGCAGGCAUAAAUGUAACAGCGCUAAAUCGCCAGCAGUAUCCUAGUAUUCUGAUCCCGCCCAUGCGCGCCGUCAGCAAUGGACUGAAGAGCAUGCCUAAGCUAAGCGCGGCUAACAAAUUGGCUGCAACAAUUAGUGCGGGUGCUUCGAUCAGUGCAUCCAGUGCAAAUGGGGUAAAAGAUCCGAAGCAAUUGCCAAACAGCUCUGUGAAGACUACAGGAUCGUCAGUGACAAUCCCAGCUAGUGUUCCCGCCUCAUCCCAUCAGCAAACAACAACUGCUGUAAUUACGACUGCGGCUGUGAAUGUGACUACGGCUGCGAAUGUGACUACGGCCACUGCUGCACCCGCUUCAACAUUAGUCCAGCAGACUCCUACUCCGGCAUUGCUGAAUCCGAUGGCAUCCACAUUGGUGGGAAACACUGAACGGUUAGCAGCGCUUGUAGUUGCGGGUGGUGUAGAGCAGCAACUGGCAAAGAUGAAGACUGAGCAUGUCGAGGCUAGCAAGCAAGUUCUAGAGCUUCAGAGCUCGUUGCAUUUAAGUCGCGAGCGACUGUUGAACGCUCAGCAAGCACUUCGCGAGCUCUCAGAUAUAUUCCAUGCUCGUCACCAUAUGCUGCCUUAUGCGCAAACCUGGGUUCAGCAAGCCGUGUCAUUGCUUAAUACGACAUCGUUGCUGUCACGUGCCAACGUUGAUUGCAAGAAAUUUCUCCCACGAGAGUUCGCAGCCGCGCUCGAUGCAAUGAUAAGCUCUCCAUCCGAUACAGCUACGAGUCUUACAACCGGAACAGUUUUGAUAAGUAUUGAUAAACUGUUUCCAGCUGUGGACAUUUUUGCACGGUUGCUACGCGCGGUGUCAUGGAGUCAAGUGGUGGUGUCCUUGCUGCAGGAGCGGCCAUCACGAAGCGAGAUUAGCGAUGCCAUCUCGUAUGCCACGGAGUUUGGAAUCUGGGAGGACAAGAAAGUUCUGACUCCGCUGCGCAGCUUGAUCGGUCGCGUGGACGCAUGGGUAUCGCGAGCGCACAAAUGCAUGACGAGAUGUGGAACUAAGACGCAGCAGGUAUCUCGAUUGAAGGUGUUGAUGAAUGAGUACUCGAAGCUCCCGCUGACGUAUGCGAAGACAGCAGAACCGUUGGAUGUUUACGUGAAUAUGCUAACAGGUGUUGGAGUAAAGAGCGUGGUCAAAAGUGAAGAUGGGACACUCACUCCCGAAGCAGCAGAGACUGCUGCUGCAAAGGCUUUAGAUCAAGCGAUGGUUGGUAUUUCCUCAUCUCUGGCCGCAUCUGGUGCGGGUGCUAUGGGCAUCACGAAGAAGCAAGCGCCACGAAAACGAAAGGUGAGCAUGCGAAAAGACAAAGCUCCACCGCGCUUUUCGAAAAAGGCAAAGAAAUCACAGGAUGGAUCAAACGUAGUACCACCAUCUACCACUUCUUCCGUCUUAGUCAAGACAACAAACGUGGAGUCGGCGACCAAAGCAGCUCAAACUGGCGUUGGCGUUCCACAGAACGCUUCAACAUGA